AUGCAGACCUUCUUCAACGCGCCGCAGCUCACGGACGAUGAGAUCGAGCGCAUGAAGAGACUCGGCCGCGACGUGUGCACCCAGGUGGCGUACGCGGCCCGGCGCGCCGACACGGGCAACGUCGCCGUGCGCUGGCGCAGCCUCGGCGUCGAGAACAAGGUCGAGCUCUUCGCCGGCGACGACCCGCUGCCAGAGCAAGAGAAAUUCCUGAGCUACAUGUGCGGCGUCACGUCCGUGCAUGCGACCAUCGACCAGGUUGCGGACCUCUUUAACGCCGACCACAUGAGCCAGACACACGGCGUGACGCCAUCGGCCGAGUUCACGCGCCAGUUCAACCAGGACCUCGCGAGCUACCAGACGCUUAAGUAUUUGCGCCAGCGCACCGAAAAGUACCCGCGCCACUCGGUCAGCAUCAAGUGGUUCCUCAUGGAGUCGCCGUCCAUGGCGGCCAAGCCCCGCGACUACGUCUACCUCGAGUCGCAAGAAGACAUUAUGGAUGCCAAGCGCAACAAGCGAGGAUGGGUCUGCGCGAUGCACUCGAUCGACCUCCCGAGCGCGCCGUCCCUCGAGCGCACGCACGACAUUGUUCGCGGCAGUUUGUACCGGUCCGGCUUUGUGUUUACAGAAACGGAGACGCCGGGCGUGCUCGAAGCCAUCUACCUCCUCCAGAUCGACUUUAAGGGAUCCCUUCCGAUGCACUUGCGCCAAUCGAUCAUGAAGCAGCGCCUCGGCUGCCUCCGCGCGAUCGACGACCAUUUCCUGCGGCGCGCCAGCGCGCCCGUCCCGCAUGCCAUGCCGUCGUACCCCGCCAACAGCAGCAACAACAACAGCAACAACGCGCUGCACAAGGGCGGCGUCGCGCUCCUCGGCGACAUCCACCUCAAGUCCAAGCACGGUGUCUCGACCUGCGCCUGCUGCGCGGGCGGCUUUGGCUUCCUCAAGAAAAAGCACAACUGCCGCGUGUGUGGCGAGGUCGUCUGCAGCAGCUGCUGCACGCAACAGCGCCCGAGCGUCCCCGUCGAAGGCAUCAAGAAGUACCACAUUUGCUCGCUCUGUGCCGUCGAGAACCGGCAAGCCAACGGCGCACACGGACGUUCGCGGUCCGGGCACGAGCUGUACAACAAUCACAACAACAACAACAGUAACAGCAACAACGGCGUCAACCCAAACGCGCGCAGCGCGCUCUCGUCGUCCAACAACAUGAAGUCGCCCAACUCGGGUCCGCCGGGGCCGUUUCCGUCGCGCUUGCAGCAACCCAACUUGCCGCGGGCGACCAUGUCCAAGCCAAUGCACACGGACGCGUUCCUGGACGACGACCCGUAUGCGAUGCGCCUGCGCAUGCCGGACCACAUGGUGCGCAAGCCCAGCUACCGCGAGACUGGGUCCGGGCCGCUCAACCGGCCGUCGGGCUUUGCGCCGCGCUACGAACACGACCCUCCGCCGCCACCCAAUGGCUUCCAUCGGCACUCGACCUACUUUCCGCCGGCGCGCCCCGACUCGCGCGAGUCGUUUGUCAACGAGCGCGAGUCGGUGCUGGACCUGUACGACGAAGUGGGCACGUCCGUGAGCCGAUACGUGCCGCCGCCUCCGGCGCGUGUGCCCCGACCAGGCCCGCGGCAGACGCAAGUGCAGUACCUGCCGCGGUCGGGCGAAGCGACGACGAUCGACCUCCGCGACCUCAACAACGCCUCGGACGUGCUCGCGCAGCUCAACAACCAGCGCCCUGGCGCGAACGAGUCGACGGUCCGGCUCGAGAUCAUCCAAGGCGCGGAGGACGGACACCUCAACGAUGAGUACGACUACGACGCGUCGUUGGCCCGCCGGCCCCGCGACUACUACCCGCCGUCGGCUUCAGGGCGGUUCCGAGCGCCGCCGCAGGCGCCACCGCGCUGGAUCGACCGACCGUCGUCCAACCCGCGUGGGUUCGACCCGAUGCAGAUGCGCUUCGACAACAUCAUUGCGAGCACCUCGAAUCUCGUCGCGCCGCCGCCACCAGCCAGCGUCCCCGAGCCGACGAGUGGGAAUGCGCUCGCGCUGCCGGCGGGGUCCGUCUACAAGGGCAGUCGGUACCGCAUCAAGGAAACGCGCUACUAUGCGACGAGACCCGACGCGACGCCGGACGAGUACAUUGCGGACGAGCGCGACUCGAUCGUUGUCGACAUGCCGUCGCAGCCGCCAUCGAAUCCCGCGGCCUCGAACAACAACCGUCUCGGCAACGGGUCGAGCCCGACGGCCGUCGCCGUCUCCAAGUUUCUGGAUCAAGACAUCGACAUGUUUUUGCAGCCCAUGGACAAGAAGGCGACGACUCUGCAGCUCGAGAACCAGCCGGCGACGGAGCUCCAGAAGGAAGGGCCGCCCAACUUUGACCAUAGCGCAAGCAUUGAAGACAUGCUCGGGCCGCUGCGGACGAGCAACAACGAAGACGACUCGGUCGCGUACCUCACGGCGCUGCUCAUGGAGCGUCUCCGCAUGGCCAACGCGAGCGAGCGGGAGCAAAUCAAAGAAACGCUUCGCGCCGCGGUGCAAGACCCGCAGUAG